AUGCCUCAACUCGGCGAGAAGCCCAAGACGGCCAUCGUCGUUGGCGCAGGCGCCGGCGGCGUAGCCCUCGCCGCCCGCCUCGCAAAGGCAGGCUUCUCUGUCACCGUCCUCGAGAAGAACUCCUUCACGGGCGGCCGCUGCUCCCUCAUGCACCACGACGGCCACCGCUUCGACCAAGGGCCGUCCCUCUUCCUCCUCCCCCAGCUCUUCCACGAGACCUUCCGGGACCUGGACACCACCCUCGCCGACGCCGGCGUCGACCUGCUGCGCUGCGAGACAAACUACAACAUCUGGUUCCACGACGGCGAGCUCUUCCAGCACUCGUCCGACCUCGCCGCCAUGAAGACUCAGAUCGAGCGCUGGGAGGGCAAAGACGGCUUUGAGAGAUACCUCAAGUGGCUCAGGGAGGCCCAUACGCACUACGAGAUCUCCGUCAAGGACGUGCUGCACCGGAAUUUUGGCAAGUUUCUGGACCUGGCGAGGCCCGGAUUCGUGAGGCACGUCGUGAACCUGCACCCGCUGGAGAGCAUCUGGAGCCGCGCGAGUAGGUACUUCUGGACCGAGAGGCUGCGGCGGGUGUUCACGUUCGCCGUCAUGUACAUGGGUAUGUCGCCCUUUGACGCCCCGGCGACGUAUUCCCUGCUCCAGUACACCGAGUAUGCCGAGGGCAUUUGGUACCCCCGCGGCGGCUUCCACCAGGUCGUCGCGGCGCUGGUGCGCAUUGGCGAGCGCCUGGGCGUCAACUACCGCCUCAACACGCCGGUAUCGCGCGUCCUGACGGACGGCAAGAAGGCGACGGGGGUGGAGCUCGAAACGGGUGAGUCCCUCACGGCGGACGUCGUCAUUGUCAACGCCGACCUCGUCUACGCCUACGGCAACCUCCUCCCAAAGACGCCGACCAUCACGGAUUACACAAAAUCCCUGCGCAAGAGGGAGGCCAGCUGCAGCUCCAUCUCCUUUUACUGGUGCAUGGACCGCAAGAUCCCCGAGCUGUCCGUCCACAACAUUUUCCUCGCCGAGGAGUACCAGGAGUCCUUUGACGCAAUCUUCAAGCGCCACUCACUCCCCGAACAACCCAGCUUUUACGUCAACGUCCCCAGCAGGAUCGAUCCCUCGGCAGCCCCCGAAGGAAAGGACACCGUCAUCGUCCUCAUCCCCGUCGGCCACCUGACCGAGUCCAAGGGCGACGGGCAGGGAGGUCUGACAAAGGACCCGAAGCACUGGGACGACAUCGUCGCCCGCGCCCGCGCCGCCGUCGUGGAGAUUGUCAGCGCCAGGACGGGCUGCGCGCCGCUGACCGACUCCAUCACGCACGAGAUUGUCAACACGCCCCUGACGUGGGAGGACAAGUUCAACCUCGACAAGGGCGCCAUCCUGGGCCUCACGCACGGCAUCUUCAACGUCCUCGCCUUCCGCCCACGCACGCGCGCCGAGGGCCUGGAGAAUGCGUACUUUGUCGGCGCCAGCACGCACCCCGGCACCGGCGUGCCCAUCGUCAUGGCCGGCGCCAAGAUCACGGCCGAGCAGAUCCUCGACGACCGCGGUCUGGAGGUCCCCUGGGCCAGGGGCUUCGACGGCAUCUUGAAGCCGCAGAGCCAGUCGCCGGGGAACAAGUCGUUGGAUAAUGUGCGGUACGGGUUCCACUUUGGCUCAGAGGAGGUUGCCGUCUUGUCUUUUGGGCUUGUCUUGGCUUUGAUUUACUUUAUUUUCUGGCCAGCUGUGCAACCGUGGGUUUGCUAG